CUGCGCGUGUCGUGUUUAUAGAGACUAGAGCGGCGCGUGUCGUGUUUAUAGAGACUAGAGCGGCGCGUGUCGUGUUUAUAGAGACUAGAGCGGCGCGUGUCGUGUUUAUAGAGACUAGAGCGGCGCGUUUAUCCCCAGCUUAUCCAGGAAAGCUAGCUAGUGGACUACAAAGUUAAGGCUACCAGAGAGCCAGCAGGCAGACUAAAUUAAUGGUCUGUUGUUACUAAUGCUUCUCCAUAUUAACAACAGAGCACGAUAACAGUAUUUUGUCUCCUGCGUGGAGCAGACCUCUGAGUAUUUGGAGAAUGCUCAGUUGUCGAUGCUUCAUGUGCCAUUCAGAGCGAGACCCCAUUCUUCAUGGAGCCUACACCUUAUGAAAUGAAGUACAUUUGUAUCAGUGGAACUCUAAAACAAACACAACCCCGGACGUUGCAGACCAUUUGCAUCAGCAUCAGACAGUGAUGGAGACGUGUCUGUGGUGUAGCGCGGAGAGUGAUGAGGUUGUCACGGUGACGCUUCAACGCUACUGCACCGACAGGAUGUCGCCCCAGGAAAUGCAGAGCGCGAAUGACGACCUCAUCCACUGUGGCGAGUGCGUGGUGAAAUACCACGGUGUACGAGAUGGAGUUCCUCAUCUGCACAAGCGUCUGUGGGAGCUCGAGACGAGUCGGCUGCUGAAGGUGUACCAGAAGCUGCUGGACGUGAAGCUGGAGGAAGCCGACGUCUACGUGGUGGAUGAUGGUCACGAGCGCCCUGUUCUGGAGUUCUCCCCGGAGGAGUUCAUCGUCCGCUUACGCUUCCCCAUCAUGGAGGUGCUGAAGUACCCGUACCUGCUGUGCAACAGGGAUCUGUGUAAUGUGCUCGUCAAGGUGAUCUGCAAAAUGCAGGAGAUGGAGAACCCAGUGCCCGUGACGGGUAAAUAUCAGGGCAUCUACCUUCUGAUGGUCCACCCCAACGAGAUGGUUCGGCGCUGGGCGAUAGCCACAGCCAGGUCGCUGGGCAGAGUGGACAGGGACAUGUAUUACGAGCUGGAAGAGAUCUUCUCCUGCAUGUUCUACAUCGUCGAGCUGGGAAUCUCGCUGGACUUUCCUGAACUAGAUGACUACUGCUCCGGCAAAAUCCAGAUGCUGCCCUCGCAUCUCUACGACUCCAAGAACAAAAAGAACUACUGGCUAGGUGUCUGCAUGCUGCUGAUGCAGCUGGAUUCCCAGGCUAUGGACUCCUUGUUCAUGGGCCCUGAAAAGUGCACCAACAUCCUGCAGUGCAUCCUGAACACCAUGACCGACCGCCAGGAAGAAGAAGAUGGAGCCUCUGACCCAUUCUGGCCAGCCCUGCAGUGUUUCAUGGUCAUCUUGGACCGGCUGGGAUCCCAGGUUUGGAGUCGGAUAGAGCCCACGGAUGCUUUUCAGGCCGUCACUCUCGCUCCCAGCUACGUAGAUGAAAUUCAGAAUAUCCGCCAGAAAACCACAGGGACAAGAGUAAAGUUGGAGCAUAAGGACGAUGAAGACAUGGUGUCAUGCAGUCAGAUGGUGUAUGACUGUUAUUCUGCAGAACAAGGAAAUGGGUGGUCAGACUGGCCUUCUGACAGAACUGGGAGCAGCACUGCUGUUAUUUUUGAAGAGAUGAGCUGUCUAGUCAACAUCUUGCAGUCAGAGAUCGGGCAAGACAUGCGUGUGUAUGGAAGCACGUUUCUCUGGUUCAUUCCCUUCGUCCGCUCCGUCAUGGAGCUUCCGGAACUUGGCAUCGUCUUCCUCGUUAUCCACUACCUGUGCGAUAAAAUAAACAUGGAUGUACUGUCUGGACAUGCGCACACCUGUGAUAAGGUCACAGAGUUUUUUGUCCGCGUUCUUGUUGAUGUCAUAGAACUGCAUCUGAGUAAAGACUGCAUGAGCGUGCUUGAGCCCUGCACUCGCGAGUGGGUGAUGGUGAUAGUUCUAUCUGCCAUGCUCUCGGGUGAAGCCUGUGUCAAUGUGACUUCAGAUAGGAAAGGUAGAUCACACAGAGUCACCUCCACUUCCUCCCACGCAUCGGUAACCGGAGUUGGUGCAAUGAGCCAGGCUUGUAUGAAGUUGAUUCUUGCCCUCUUGAAGAAGGGGAGACGGAUGGGCACAGAUCCAGACGCCACCCGGUUUCUGAACCUCCUCAACGUUCACCUGCGCGAGGUCCCGUCCAGAGGGUGGAACCUUACGAAAUCGGAGUGCGACGAUCUGCAGAACUGCUUGGGCAAGCUUGCGAAGGCGAUCGGCAGUAGGUCAGCUGCCUCGGCGGUUCCAUCUGUUCUGCCAACACCACCAGCAGGUCCACCAGGAAGUUUAAUUUCUCUGAAUUCCACAUCCCCUCAUUCUCCACAGCAGCCCCAGUGCAAAGAUGCAGAAACGUGUACCCGAGCCGCAUUCAGUGUCGUUAAAGAGGAACCACAGUGGGAAUGUGCGGAAACACAAGAUUUUUGCAGUGGCCUUGAGACUAUUGGCGUGAAAAAGGAACCUCGAAGCCCCGUAUUGAUCUCAGAGAUUAAGGCUGAGUUGAAGCCAGAUUUUGGGAAAAUGGAGGAAAUCCGGUCCAAACUCAAUGAUGGUCAGAACUUGGUGAAGAUCCAAGCCAUUGCAAUGAGGAGGUCUGAUUCUGGACGGGGACUAAAUGAAUGCCACAACUUGGAAGAUGCAGGAUGUGUAUCAGGAAACACUUAUCCUGCACCCUCAGGCUCUGCCAAGCAGACUGAGCACUCUAAAAAUAAUUGGAAUGAGGAUUCUGAUGAGGACGCAUCACUCGUCCGAAGGCGUUGUCGGAAAAUGUCACUUGGAGGGUUGUCCAGUGAUUCCGAACAUGAUGCAUGUGAUUCUCGGAACAUGUCCACACAGCCCUUUAGAAGUGCAAUGGAGGAUGCGCACUCUAACAUAAUCGUCAUUUCAGAUGACGAGGUUGAUGCGAGUGAUGAGAAGUUGGUGGGAGAAGGUCCUUGCAGUGAGGCAAGCAAAACAAAAAGUGUCUUGGACAAGAGUCCAGGACGUGAUUAUGACGAUCAGAGUGAAUCGCAGGUGUUUGAGUUUGAAACCCAAGAAAAUAUACCAUCUGCCUGGGAUAACUUGUCUCUUGAUGGUCCGGCCAUGACCAAGAAGCACAAACGUCACACGACAUCUGAAGCUUGUACCAGUUGUGAUGCUGCAGAACCUUUGUCAAGUUGGGCUAGCAAGACUCAACCUGUUACCGAUGAAGACAUCGAGAAAGCCUGUCAGCAGGUGGAGGAGCAGAUCAGUAAACAGCAGCAGCUAUGGGAACCAUUUGCCUCAAGCACAUUGGCACCAGCCAAGCCAAGUGAUUCCCCUGAAAUGCAGGAUCAUUUUAUCCAACCCAAACCUAGGGCCCCCAAAACUCCCACUAAGAAGUCUGCCAUGGCUGACGCGAAAGGGAAACCGUGUCGGAACAAAAAAGCCGUUCUUAUUCAACCACUGAGUAAAAAGCUGAAUCGCGGGUCACACUCUGCCUCAGCUCAGGAGUCAGAGAAACCUCCCCCUUCCAUGACUCCAUCUUCUGAGCCUCCCGUCUCCGUUUACCCUUUGACGAGCUCCUCUGUCACAUGCCAGAUGUCCUCCCCUGCCAUAGUCCCACCAAAGAAGGUUCGCAAACAUGUUGAGUCGGAAUCUGCAGCGGAGCGUCUGGGGUUAAAGAAGAAGCAGAGGAAGGCGUUUGAACUUUCACAGCGGUCCUUGGACUGUGUGGGUGAGCUUCGGUCCUACGGCCAGAACGUGCAUGUGGAGCCGCAGCAGAAAUCAAAAAGAAUUCGUGGAAAGGGGAAGCCCCAGCCGAAGCUGAUGGGGAAAGGCAGGAAGAAGUUGCUUGCAUUCCAAGAAGUACAGUGUUGCAUGCAGAGCCGAAGGAAGUGCCAGAGGUUGAAGCCAACCUCUGCUGCACCGCAGAAACCAGCAGAGAGUCCUGUAACCGAGACCCUAUCCAAGCCAACAUGCACACCUGGAAGCACUGGGGCACCAGAAAGGGGGGAGGAGGAGGAGGAGGAAGACGACUACAGUUUCCUUCCAUGCUCUCAGCCUGAUCCUGACCAAAAGACAGACUCUAAGAAGGCAGCCAAACGAGUCAAACUUGCCAUGCCAGAGGAAUUCGAUAAAUGGAGAAGUGAACAGAUUUCGCAUGCGUUGUUGUCAGAUUCCCGUUCUCUUGAGAGCAGUAAGGGCACCGAUGGAAGUGCUAGCUCAACGACUGAAUGUACAGAAAGGGUAAAUGAGGGUGGUCUUGACAACGAAGACGAAUGGAGGUCCCUUACACAGAACGAAGCCACGGACAUGGAGUUAUGCUCUCAGGUGGAUGAAAUGGAGCAGUACGGUUUCUGGACCCAGCGAGACCCUGUCCAUAUGGAUAUCGACACAGCUGAACCUGAUACAACUUUGGGAGGUGCAGGUGCAGCUCCUAAUUGUUUAUCUACCUCUGUGUCUGAGAGAGCCACGCCUGCUGUUCCUGCUCAGAGCUCUAUAAAUGACGGUCUGUUCCUAAAGCCUGGAUUGCCCCCUGUAACUCAUAAAGCAAAGCCUUCCACAGCCAAAAUCUAUGCCUCCAUUUCGCGCAGUGCCUCUUUGGCCAAAGAAAUGGAAAAAGCAUCUAAGCAUGUGCCCACUGCCUGCGUGGCUAAGGCUAAGGCUGCACAUUCCUCACCCCUUGUCCUGCCUCUACCCAAUCCUGCGAGGGUUCCACCUGCACCACAACCUCCUCCGAAGCCGUUCAUUCCUCCCCAACCCCCCAUGGGUUCUCUAAACCAGGCUGCCAAGGCUGUGCCAUCCAAACUUGCCCAGCCCCCUGCAAACCAAGCUAACAAGGCUGUACCUCACAGAUCCAUCCUGCAUCCUUCAAACCCCUUCCCCAAGUCCACAGAUCCUCUUCCUAAUAUAUCUCAGGCUUCCCAACUACGUUCCUAUAAUACCCGCCCAAGACCAGCAGCACCGGUCUCUGUGCCAGCAGCAACGAUGGACCUGCCGCAGACCUUGGACCAGUCCUAUUUGACACAGGCGGUUCUGAAGUGGGAGCACCGCAUGUUUGACAACUACAAAACCUUUGGGCCGCCAGAUGACUUGCAUCCCCUGCCCCUGAAGAAGGUGCCAACUAUGUUCUCCAGCUACCCGGAUUACUUCAGCGUCUUGUUCCCCCUGCUGCUUCUGAAUGCAUUUGAGGAGCUGGCUACUGAGUGGCAUAGUGGUAGCAAGAUUGAACUUGACCUCAAAGUCCAAGGAAUUGAAUACUGCAAUCGUACUGCCAGUGCCAGUUUCACAGCGAGCCUGAACUCUCAGCAGGAUAUGAAGCAGUUGUACCCUAAAGAAGAAGACCUUGUGUUUCUGUGGCUCCCGGAAAACACUGGAGCAUACACCAGUGACGAACCGGAGAUUCAUGACUCGCUUCCCUGUGUGGGCUUUGUGUCCCGCUCAGUGGUGUACAGCAAGGGAGGAGGUCAGCCCUCAACGUUGAACCUGACGAUUCAGACACGCGGGAACGUGUCGUCUGUCAGUAACAAGCCCGUGCGCUGCAAGGUGAUUGGCUCGUUGGUCACCACGCUGCGGGAGUUCCGCGCGCUGUGUGAGCUGAAGCUGGGCAUGAUGAAGAAGGCCAUCCUCUCGCGGCACGUCGCAUACCUCACACCCUGCCAAGAAGACCAGCGUCAGCGGGGCACGCCGACCUUUUAUCUGCAGGAGAGCGUUGGGGAUGUGUAUAACGAAGACCAGGAGAAGGCGAUUGGCUAUGGUGUUGCAAUGGUGAAAAGGUCCCAGAAGAUGCCAAAGAUCCUGUUGAUACAUGGCCCUCCAGGAACUGGCAAGAGCAAGACCAUAGUUGGUCUGCUUUAUAAACUUCUUAUAGAUGACCGUGCGAGUACAUCGGUAAGUCACCAGGGCAAGUGUAGCCGGAUGAGGAUUCUGGUGUGUGCACCUUCCAAUGCUGCCAUCGACAACCUGAUGAAGAAAAUGAUCCCCACCUUCAAAGAGAAGAGUAACUGCCCCCAAGGGAACUGUGGGGACAUUAAUCUGGUGCGGCUGGGAAGUGAGAAGACCAUCUCGGCAGUGCUGCACCCCUUCAGCCUGGACCGCCAGACCAAGGCCCGAACACUGAAAGCCCAGCAGGCGUCUGAUUCUGAUAUACAGAGGCAGAAGGAGGAGCUAGAACAGCGUAUUGAGAAUAUCUCUCAGCAGUGUGCCAGGACUCUCAAAAAAUCAGACGAGUUUGUGCAGCUGAUGGCCCAGAAGUCUCAUUAUCUAAAGGAGCGUGAGAAGCUGGGCAGACAGCUGAAAGAGAACCGCCGUAAGCGUCAGGAGGUGCAGGCGCGCCUGCUGCAGGAAGCUAACGUGAUCUGCUCCACCCUGAGCACAAGCGGGAGCGUCGUCCUGGAAUCUGCCUUCCGCCGCCUUGGCCGGGAACCCUUCAGCUGCGUCAUCGUGGAUGAGGCGGGGCAGGCUAAAGAAACUGAGACCUUGAUUCCAUUCCUGUAUCGAUGCCCCUCCCUUAUCUUGGUGGGUGAUCCUGAGCAGCUCCCACCUACUGUCGUCUCCCAGAACGCGAAGAAACUGGGCUAUGACCAGUCCCUGAUGGCGCGCUUAAUGGUGAGCCUUCAUCCCCUGCAGUCUGCCAGCGUCUUCCUCAGCAUGCAGUACCGCAUGCACCCCGACAUCUGCGAGUUUCCCUCCAAGUACAUCUACAGCAAGAAACUGAAGACCCACUGCAGGACUGCGGAGAAGAGGUGUUCCCUGAACUGGCCCUUUGAACCCUACCGAGUAUUCGACGUGACGGAUGGAAGGGAGAGCAGAGUGAGAGAGUCCUUCUACAACCUGAAGGAGGUGCAGCUGGUGCUGCUCCUGCUCAGCCUGGUUCGGGAGGAGCAGGUGGUUCGCGUGGGUGUCAUCACACCCUACAACGCCCAGAAGCAGCACAUCCUGGAGGCACUGAAGGACAGCAGAAGCCCCUCGGUGGAAGUGAACACUGUGGAUGGGUUCCAAGGCAGAGACAUGGACUGCAUUAUUGUGUCCUGUGUAAGAGCCGGUAGUAAAAUGGGAUCUAUCGGGUUUGUUGGAAAUCGACAAAGAAUGAAUGUGACCAUAACCAGAGCCAAAUUCAGCCUGUUCAUAUUGGGACACCUUUGCACAUUGAGGGAGCAGAGUGACUGGGGCGCAUUGAUCGAAGAUGCCGCCAGACGAGGAACCAUCAUCAAAACUCAAGAGCGAGACUUUCACGAGGCCACGAGGAAGGUCCUGAAGCGGGACCUGCUGUCCCGCAAUCCCUCUUACCCACAUACAGGCGGGCUCGUCCCCGCCCGCCGUCCCUCCGAGCCGUCCCACAGCCGCUCGCCUACAGUUUCCUCGUCGACCGGCGGCUGGUCACGGCGAGCGUCCCUACCCCCAACCCAUGCUGACCGUCCCAGAGAUCCUCGACUGUCCUCCAGACCUUCAGACGCUCGACUGGUCGAGGCCCAGCCAAUCAGAGAGCUGGACAGAAGCAGGCAGAGCCUGCUGCAUCCGAAGCAACCGGUCAGAGAGCCGGACAGAGACUGGCGGCGCUCGUGUCCGAGGCAACCGGUCAGAGACGGGCAGAGCCUGCUGGAUACGAGACAACGGGCACACGGGGAGGCCCACCAUCAUGACGAGGAUCCCCAUGUACGCACAGACCCCGCCCACUCGUCUCCGUGGUUGUCACAUCGGAAGCGCAGGAGAUGAGUCCCUGUUUUAGUUUUGUUCGAUUUUAUUAAACCCUGGGUCUAAGAUGCAAGACUAAGACUGAUCCUUUCACCUCCCAAAAUGGGAGCAGCUUUACUUACAUUGGAAAGAAAAUCUGGAGAACAGAAUCUGGAAAACUCCCAAAUCCAGCAAUUCCUUGUUCGAAGGCUCGAUUCAGCCUAAUAGUGCCAAUUUUAGCCUCAUGUGCCUGUCAAAAUCAUUUUCUCAAAACCAAAAAAACACAAAAAAACUGCUCUGCACUUCCACCUUGGUUUCUUUAUAUAAAAAAAAAAAAAGUCUAAAGUAUUGUUUGUAAAUGAUUACAUUUUUUAUGGGAAAUACUUUUAUUCUGUAAACAUUGACCUAUGGUGUGAACUGA